AUGGAGAGCCCUUUGCUCACCCAAGACAAGAAAGAGGAAGAGGACCUCACAAAAUCCGCCAUGGCUGCAUUUCGUGCCAAGGAAGAUGAAAUCGAGAAGAAGAAAACCGAGAUGAGAGGCAAGAUCGAAGCUCAGUUGGGACGUGUUGAGGAAGAAGCCAAGCGCCUCGCUGUAAUUCAUGCUGAGCUCGAUGCUGUUAAUGAUCCGAUGAGGAAAGAAGCUGAAGCCAUCUGCAAGAAGAUCGACAUUAUUACUCGAGACUUGAAAUCUUUGGGCUUGCACUGUCAGAAGAAGGAAAAAGAGUAUAAAGAAGCCGUUGAGGCUUUGAAUGAGAAGAACCAGGAAAAGACUCAGCUGGUUGCCAAAUUAGUUGAGUUGGUGACUGAAAGUGAGGAAUUGAGGCUGAAGAAAUUGGAAGAGCUUUGCAAUGAUAUAUAG